GCCAAUCAGCAGCUCGCUCUGCCAGCCAGGAGGACGCAUAAAAGAAGAACAUUGCAGCAGAGGCACAGAAGGAGACUGUGAGAGGAGCAGGGAAUUACACAUAAAACAGCAGAACCAGAACACCCUCCCCUGGACACACCCUGCUGAGGAUCACUGCUUCUCUUUUUUCUGAACCAUCGCCCACGCCACUCGGAGAGAACGCUCUCCCUCAUCAUCAUCCAGUAGAAAACCCCUUUCUCCUCAUUUUCAUCCUAUAGAGGACACCUACAAUCUCAGAGGGCUGAGAUUCCCUGGCGAAGAUUGUAUUUUUUUUCCUUUUUUAUUUUUUUUUAUUUUCAUUUGGACUCCUGACAGAACAUCACAGCUACAUAACAUAAAGGCCGAAGAGCAUAUAUAGACUCAGCCUCCAGCUUCAAGACCAGUGGAAAGAAGGACCUAGAUUUCUUUCAUUGUACGUCAAGAAUGGUUACUCAGAUAAUCAGCACCAUGGAAACCCAGGUGUCCAACGGUCCAAGCGGAACCAGUAUGCCUAAUGGUCCAGUCAUUAGCACCAAUGGUUCUACAGACGACAGCAAAACCAACCUGAUCGUCAACUAUCUGCCUCAAAACAUGACCCAGGAAGAGUUCAAAAGUUUGUUUGGUAGCAUUGGAGAGAUUGAGUCCUGCAAGCUAGUCAGAGACAAGAUAACAGGUCAGAGUUUGGGCUAUGGCUUUGUAAACUAUGUGGAUCCAAAUGAUGCAGAUAAGGCCAUCAACACACUCAAUGGUCUCAAACUGCAGACUAAAACAAUCAAGGUAUCAUAUGCCCGGCCAAGCUCAGCUUCUAUUCGUGAUGCCAACCUUUACGUAAGUGGACUUCCCAAAACUAUGAGCCAGAAGGACAUGGAGCAGCUGUUCUCCCAGUACGGUCGCAUCAUCACAUCCCGUAUCCUAGUGGACCAAGUUACAGGCAUAUCACGAGGAGUGGGCUUCAUCCGGUUUGAUAAACGGAAUGAAGCUGAGGAGGCCAUCAAAGGUCUGAACGGACAGAAGCCUUUGGGUGCUGCGGAGCCCAUCACCGUCAAGUUCGCCAACAACCCAAGCCAGAAGACAGGCCAGGCCUUACUGACUCAGCUGUACCAGACUGCUGCACGCCGCUACACAGGGCCCCUGCACCACCAGACUCAGCGUUUCAGCAUGAUCCCUUCACUUGGAAAGGGACCAGAUCCAAAUAGCAGCUCAAAACCAAUACUCGACAAUUUACUAAACGCCAGCUACGGAGUCAAGAGCUCUCCUACUCUCUUCCCCAGAUUCUCUCCCAUCACUAUUGACAGCAUGACCAGCCUGGCAGGGGUCAACCUUACUGGUCCAACUGGAGCUGGCUGGUGCAUCUUUGUGUACAACCUUUCCCCAGAGGCGGACGAGAGCGUCCUGUGGCAGCUCUUCGGGCCUUUCGGCGCCGUAACCAACGUCAAGGUCAUACGUGACUUCACCACCAACAAAUGUAAGGGCUUUGGCUUUGUCACCAUGACCAACUACGAUGAAGCUGCCAUGGCUAUUGCUAGCCUUAAUGGCUACCGCUUGGGUGACCGCGUGCUGCAGGUUUCCUUCAAGACCAGCAAGCAGCACAAGGCCUGAGAGAGAGGCUGCUGGCACAAGCUCCUACGACUUGCAGGAAGAGCAACCUGAGCUCCCUGUGCCAUCACUCUAAAUGGGCCUGGACUGAGUCUCUCUCUUCCACAUUCUCACACAAAUCCAUAAUAUAUGAUCACAAACACAGACACACGCAUACACGCACAGACAUGACCAAACAUAUCCAUACGUGCAAGCAUACACAGUCAGAGUAUCAAACAAACACACUAGUGGAGUUUUUCUUUUCUCUUUACACAACAUGCUAGUCCUUCUCUAUAUUUGCCUGGAUUGAAUUAGAAGGGGUACGUAGCUGGUUUGUUGGGUAGGGGCUAGAGCUAUCUAUUUAGGAGACAGUCUAACGAAUGUGACAGAGAAUGUGUACUGAGUGCUUUGAUUGAAUUCAGGCAAAUAAUGACAACUGAUGAACAAAACGAUCAAAAAUUUAAAUGAAUGAAUAUGUGCAAUUUACCCAAACUCUUACCCCACCAUCUCUCCUAUUAUCUUGCUGGAGAGGAUGUAGUCACUUUUUUACACUUGGGCAUUUUGAAUCAGCGAUUUUUUUAGAUCAAAGAAAAUGAAAUUAAAAAACAGUGUUCUCUUAUAUACGUCUAUUAAAAUAUAACUAUAUAUUCAAUAUUUAAGGUGGUUAUAAUAGCCGAGUAUGUAAGCAUUUUCUAGAAACUUUGACUACUGUUUCCAGACCUGCAUUAGGUGGUGCCUAGCGGAAACGCAGUUUCUCUACCCUUUGUGAGCUUGUAAGCUCAGACCCAAUAAGAUUUAGGCGAACCAAUGAAUACUGGUCACAGAAAAGAGUAGUCCGAAAGCCAUCAGAAUCACUCUUUCCCUCACAGUCUCACACCGAACAACAUUAAGAGUACACUUCUGUAUCACAGAAACCAAUUUCAAUAACUAGAAGAUAUAUUUAAAUCAAAAACAUGAGAAAAAAAUCUUAUAAUCUACUCUCAGGAUGGAUUCAACACAAGCAGACUGUCUGUGAACUUAGAGCAGAGUGGCAGUGCUCCCACGGUGACAGUGUUCAUUAGUAAUUCUCUAGUGGGCGAGAGAGUGACGAGUACGAGGGGAAAACCGUUUCACCAUAACACAGCCACGUCAAAGGAAAAUACCGGUGUUUUUUCACUUUUUGCAUCAUUUUUUCAUUGCACAUGUAUUUUACAUUAUGCACAAGCCAUUUUACUUUGCAUGGCUUUGUCAGCAAUAAUUUGGUGUGCUAUCCCUUUAAGUGAAAGGCUAUCUGGUGUCAGCAGAAAAACAAGCAAACAAGAUGACCAAAAGAUAUGGUUCUUCUACAUGCUUUGAUAAUGAAUGUUAUUGUCCUCAUGACAGGUUACAUUUCCAGAUUAAUUGAGAUAAAUGAAAGCAGGGAAUUACAUUGUCUAAAUAAGAUUACAAUCCAAGUAGCUGCUAAAAGUAAUUUGAAGAAAAUCUCGCCCCAACUACACACCCCAUGGACUGAACAACGUUCUAGCCUGGUCUGCAGAGAAAUAACCCAGAUGAGCAAAAAUCAAGAGCACCGGUAUUAUUCUUCAGUCUAGCGCACAGAUAGAAGCUCCUCCAAUAGAUGAGGUCAAAGCUUUACCAUUCGGUAAAACAGUGACAACAUGCAUAGAGCAGAUUAAGAGGACUGCAGUUCCAAAUAACUGAGACAUUCAAACAUAAAACUGACUUAGAGUCACAUGUGUGAGCGAUAAUAUCUGGCAACGUUAAAAUGAUCACUGAUCCUUUGAGGUGAAAGAUUACCAGUUCCUCCAGCUUUGCCAAAUGCUACUCAGUUUUUUUUAAACCCCUCAAUUCUGUUAAAAGCAACCCAGAAACUUUAAACUCCUACCCUCUUAAAAGAUGACUGUACGACAUCAAGCCUGCAAAAGAGUGUCAUAAUUAUACUUCUGUUUACAACAGGAAGGUAUUUAUUUGCUUCAGAUCUGUUUGGCGCUACCACAAAAAUAGCAUUUCUCAAAAUAUCCCCAAACCCAAUUGCAUGAAAAUUAUUUAUGGCAGCCUUGAUGAAACAUUAAGGCCAACCUGUCGAGUUGAAAUGUCUGUUCCACACCAGACUUAUGAUUUACCACGGGGAGAGCUAAUGUCUUUCAAUAUCAAGACAUGUGCACAUCAUCAUAGAUUAAAUAAGGUCAACUAUAUUCAAGACAUUUUUGCUUUUGCUUUUCUAAAUGACGCUGUGUUAGCCAAAGAGGACGAUCUCUUUGAAAGGAUUACAUUAGAGAUAAAUCUAUUUUUAUACAUACAAAGGAACAAGACCUUGUGCUGAAUUUUUACAGAUUCUUAAGCUUGGAAAAUUGGGACAUCGCAUGGCUUUAUUUUAAACCCUCUGAUCUUUGCAGAGCAAGGGGGAAUAAGCAUGCGGUGUAUGGGUGGGGAUUUAGGGAGGGGGCGAAGGAACAUUGUAUCUCGUACAACAAUUGAAACAAACUUAACAAAAACAAAUUUGAUGUAAAAAUAAAAGUAAAAUGAAACAGUUUGGGGGUAUAACCUGACACACAUCUGUACUUAUGAGUGCUCAGACACUCUCAUCUCUUGUCCUGAAGUUGUGUACUUGUGUACAGUGCUGCUUCAAUAAUGGUGCAGUGAAGUGAAGUUCUUUGACUUGAGAAUCCCAGACAAAGCUGCAGUGAGACCAGGUCAUCACCCAGCUGAAAAACUGAACAGCUGCUUGCAAAUAAAAAGGUAAAAAGCAGAUUCAAACAGUAAUCCAGAUUCAUAAUGAACACUGAGCAUGAUUCUUUAUAAUUAGAUAUAUUUGAUUUUUGCCAAAGAAUUGCUUUGCAAGUCAGUACCAAGAAGGAUAAAUUAAGACUAACUAUAUUAUUCCCUGAGUAAUUGCUGUACAAAUCUAUGUUAUUUAUUGAACAAGGACCCUCUACAAUUUCAGUUGUCAUUACUUUUAUAUAUCUAAGUUGCGCAUAUCAGUUUGCAUUUGUAAAUCCUAUAACCACUAGACCAAAUGCUAAAAUGAUACAGUUGCAAGCAAUACCGUUUGCACAAAUUUCACGCACACACCGAAUAAUAAGAGUCAUAUCUAAAAUAAAUUACGAUGAAUCAGUUCACCUCUUGGCAAAUGAAAAAUUGGUUGCAUCCAUAUAAUGUAUUUCCCCCAACAGUUAUAUCAUAUGCUGUUUUGUGACCAAUUUAAUCCUUUGAAACCGUUAACAUUGCACCACUUACUCUGACAUCUUUCGAUCUGACUCAUACUGUUUCAACCCUGAAAUACUCUAAAUGAUUGUUGCUGGCGUUUCUAGAGCUGACCACAUAAAGGACUAAUCUAGCUAUUUCUGGUGGAGAAAUCAACAAGAGUUAUCAGCGUAGGACUGAGCACUGAGACCAGUGAUAGACAUUUCAAACAACCAAAUUAACAGGUUACGUUGAACUGCAGCUGGAGUUGUAUACCCGGCCAUGUCUGAUAGUAAAAACAAGCCACAUACCAAACACACGGCCCAAAAUUACCUUCAAUACACAGUCUAUACAAAACCUACACCUGAUGUACAGUAGAGAGCCAAGGACCAUGGCAGGAAACACUACUACACUGCUUGAGCAACAACAAUAAUCAUUUAAAAGACAAAAAAACUUUCCUAUGGAACAGUAAGUGCAAUGUGCUUUGUUUUUAUAUUGACUGAGAACAAAUGAUAUAUAUUUUUAAAAAAAGAAAUUAAACGUCACACUGAAAAGGUUUGUGGAAUGGUGAAAGGAGCAAAGGUUCAGACAAUAACAUUAAAAUGAACAUACUCAUUAAGAAAAUCAAACAAGCAAUGAGAGGUCUGAUCUGUAAAUUACCAUAAUCACUUCCUCAGCCCCCAAUUUGUGCUCUGACCAUGCAAGCUCGAACAAAAUGCAUAUUGGAUGACUUAGAGCAAUUCUAACUGACCUUGAAAGGAAUACUGUCUAAUAUAUCAUCGGUUUUAGCCCAUGUCAAUUUCAAAUAUCAUUUUUCCUAUAAUUUAUUAAUUUCAUUUACAUAUCAAGACUCACUUGUUAAAUUAGCAUAUUUGUGUUGUUGAUGUUGCCAUAGAGAACACACAUGGGUCAAAGAUUAUGUUUGGUUUCAUUGAUUGGGUACAGUUUGUUAUUUUUCUUCCAUUAUUUAAUUAGUUGCAGUUUUUACAGUGUAUGCAGAUUUUAGACUUAGUUAGAUUUUUUAUUUCAAUCAAACUGUGUUCAAUUGUGUUUGUAAAAGUCUGUGGUAGCUUUUGUUGCAACAUAAAAUAAUUUAAACAGAAAAAAUUCAAAAUAGCGCCAACAAACUUGUAUUAUUCGGGCGACUUUAAGCUUGUAGUUUUAACUUAUUGUUAACUUAAAAACUAUUUAUUAUGAUUAUUAUUAUUGCCUCGUAUAAAGUAUGUUUUGUGUAUAUUUAUGGUUUAUUUCAUUAUAUUUGCAAGUUUAAAAGACUUUAAGUUUGCCAAAAUCGUGGUUACACCAUUUCGUUUCUUAAAAAGGGGGACAAACAGAAAAACAGCUUUAGAAGUACGAUUUGGAAAUGUUCUCCAUAGUCAAAGAAUGCACUGCUAUAUUUAACUAAUUGAAGUGUAUAAACAUACAUGCUGUGUGCUAGAUGUUAUGCCUUUACUGCCUGUGUUCUGUUUGUCUUGUUAAAUGAAAAUCUUUUAAUUAUUUAAUCUAAUCACAGUCUUGUUUUUUCAACCACUCUGUGAACCCUUAAGACAUGGGACAGCCCCUGUAGUGACGCUUUGGCCCAUUUGAAGGUCCAGCAACUUGCCAGAAACAAAGGGGGUGUCCUAGGUUUGAUAUGCUCACAAAAAGCUUUCCUGUUCAUGCUGAUGGAUUGAAAAGGCUAUUAAAGGGUUCUGUUUCUCUAAACGCAUUGUAAUACUGAAAUCAUCUGUAUCAAUUUCAAUACCAAUUUGUGCUAUUGAAAUUAUGAUAUUCUUCAGAACCAAGAUGCAUUUGGAAACCCAGCCAAGAGCUUCUGCAAAUUAUUACAGAGCUCAGAAAAGCUGCAGGAAGGUUUUCUUGGGAGUCUUUAGGGUAGUAAAGGGGUGAGUGGUCCUUCUGUUUCUCAACCAACUGUAUUUUGUGUCUAUUUAUUUAGAAGAGGGGACGCAGUAACUUAGUGAUGUUUUUCUUACAUUUUCCUGGAAUGGUAGAACAAAUCAAGAAAGUGAAAAUUAUCAAAACAGGUUCUGCUGACACCAAUGUCAGUGGAAGAAAUACAAAAUCUCAUACUUCCAAACAUGACCAAAUGAACAAUGUCAAAAUUGAA